GCACGGUGCCCGUGCUCUUCUGCUACGACGCGCCCCUGCACCCCGCGAGGCAGCUCGCGCGCGCGCUGAACGACCAUGUCAGCGGGGUCUGCGCGGACCCGCGGUGGCAGGGCCGGUUUGUCGGCCUGGGCACGGUGCCGCUGCAGGACUGUGCGGCGGCGGUGGAGGAGCUGGAUAGGCUGCGCGGGUUGCCGGGCAUGGUUGGGGUGCAGAUUGGGACGAGCGUGGAGGGAUCAGAGAACGGAGAAGGUGAUGGGCGGGCGGUGGUGAUGUUGGAUGACGACAGGCUGGAAGGGUUCUGGGCGAAGUGUGAGGAGUGGGAUGUGGCCGUGUUUGCGCACCCGCUUGGGUAUGCGCUGACCAGGGAGAAUCAGGCGCGAUGGGGGAAGUACUGGAGUUCGUGGCUUGUGGGCAUGCCGUGUGAGACGGCGCUGGCGAUGCAUGCGAUUAUGGGCUCGGGGUUGCUGGUGAGACAUCCGAAGCUGAGGCUGUGCUUUGCGCACGGGGGUGGCGCGUUCCCGGCCUUGUUGGGGAGGAUACAGCAUGGGUUUGACUGCCGGCCGGAUCUGGUGGCGACGCAGGCAUGUGGCGUGACUCCUACGGAACACUUCAGGGGCGAUACGCAUUCGACCGCCGAGGAGGAGUUGGAGUCGGGCCGGGGCCAGGGCCAGAUAUGGGUCGACUCGUUGAUGCAUGAUCCGGACUUGAUGGAAUAUGUCAUACGCAAGUUGGGUCCUGGUGGAGCUGGCCGUAUCGUGCUCGGAAGCGACUACCCGUUCCCACUGGGCGAGGUCCCGGUGGCGGGGAAAAUGCUCACCGAGGAUAAGCGACUUGGAAGGUUCAUGAGCUGGGAGGAGAGGGCUGGGAUUCUAGCAAGGAACGCCAUCCGGUUUCUGAAGUUGGGAAAGGGAUAUCAGGACAAGGUAGACGAACGAUUACGGCAGUUCAAGGAACAUGUGAAGGAUGAGCGUUGGGCUGGCUGGAGACAUCGCGAUAGUGCCGUCGAGCUGGACGAAGGUGACGGGCUUGAGAGCUUUGACACAAGCAAAGUGAAGCCUGUUGUCGUUCAAGCUGUGGAGAUGUCUCCAAGUGGCGGCAGCAGUCCGUAACAGGGAAUGACUGUUCGUUUUGUGGAUCCGGCAAUGGGGGCAGCGAUAGCAGUGAGUCAAUGAUGCAAAUCGAUGCUUUUCAUCAAGUCAGUAUCACUUGUAUUGUACCUCGCUUCCGAGGGGCAUCUACAGAAUAUGAUUCCCCAUGCAUGUGGA